CAUAGAGUUUGCCACUAAAGACGAAGGGACCGUGCAUCGCACACACAGGUGGUUACAAUGACGUGCCUACUGUGGCUUGCGGGGAUCGCAUGCUGUCUCACAGCGCUGCCAGGAUGGAUUGAUGCCAAGUCUAUGUUGAACAUUAUUAGACAAGAAGAGACCCUGCCCGGCAGUACCCUGAGCAUUGACUCAGAGAAGGCCAAUGGUUUCCUCUCCCACACCCGACCCAAGAGGAACGUCGUGGACCACCGCUGGUACCGAUCCUCUCCGGACUUCCAGGCCUACUACCGCUACUACACCAGCAUCGGACACACAGAGGGGCUCUACGAGAUCGACAGGCUCAGGAUGCUCUACCAGCAGAUGCGCCACCUGGAGCAGGUGCACGGCCCCAACGCCUCCUACUACCAGAACAAGUUAGGGCUCCCCACCCUGAUGUGUGAUCCGGCGAAGGACAAGAAAUGCCCUCUGCCUCCCCCCCCGCCAGCCCCCAUAAAGGGGCACGUUCCCCCACCCCCCCAAAAGGGGCACGUCCCUCCCCCCCCGCCUCCCCUCUCACAGGCUGAUGUGAUCCAUUUAUGCAAUGCCAGGGACCCCCUGUGCAAGCCCCACAUCGUCUACCUGCCAACCGGGUCGGUUCCGGUGCUUUGUGACCCUCGCUACCACCCGUCCUGCAAGCUCCACAAAGUACCUCCUCCCACCUUGCCACCCCCUCCUCCUCCUCCCCCCCCUCCCAAGAAGUCGGAGCCCCUCCCGCCUCCAGUGCCCAUCCGCUACAAGGGCAUGGAGUACGACUGCGAUCCUUACUGGGAUCCCGACUGUUUGAUCGACCACCCGCCACGCCCCAGCAAAGGCAAAGUGAUGCCCCCUCCGCCGCCACCGCCCCCUGAGGAGGAAGAGGAGGAGCCUGAGGCAGAGGAGCCAGCGCCACCCGCGCCCGUGGUCAAAAAACAGGCGUACCCGUACCCGUACCCCUACCGCUACCCCUACCAGCAUGAGCUGUACGACCCCUACCUCCACUCCUACCCCAGCGCAGACACCGAGUAGAGCCUGCGGACACAGAACCACAGGCAGAGGAGGAACAGGGGGAUCACCUCAAGUAGUGUAAGGGAAUAAUACUGACAGCAUCACAGAGCUAUAAACACUCAGCUCCGAAAGAAGAAGCCAUAUGCAGAUCGCAAAGUGUUAAGGUGAAGGGAUCACACAAGUUCUUUUGAGAUUUAAGUGUAGUUAUCGGGCGUUGUUAUGCCAACUGUAUGCUAUGUGCUGUAAAUGCAUUGUGUCUUAGUCAACCACCACUGAUUUUACCACUGACAGGUAUUCUGAGGAA